AUGAGGUCGGACAGCGCCCACGAGCCCACACGCAAGGCCCGAAAGGUCACUAGGGCGUGCGACGCCUGCAAGGCCAAGAAAAAAGCAUGCACCGGAAAUAUUCCCUGUGGUCCUUGCACUCGGAAGCAUUUGACGUGUACUUACCAGACGGCAUACAAUCGCGGGGUCGCGCUGAGCCCCCCGCCAUCCGCUUCCAAUGACAGACAACAUCCGACUCCGGACCGCCGGCGAUAUGACAAUGGGAACGUAUACUUUCCUUACCCUCCUAAUGAAAGUUCGCCGCAGGUGGCCGGACAAUACUGGGGUCCAACAUCUGCGCAUUCCUUUCUGGACCGCGUUGUCCAAGAUUUGCAUCCCGCGACGCGACAGUCGCCCUCACAGCAGCAUGAUCACGAUGCACAUUCGUCAGUCUCCAUUUUCUCCUAUGGUGAUCGUUUCGUGCCGUCAGUACCACCCGCCAGAUUUGCAUGGCCCGAUAGAGCGACAGCAGUAAGCUUGGUCCAGAGAUACUUUGACUUUGCUGCACCUACCUACCGGGUUCUUCAUCAGCCGACCAUCGAGAUGCUUGUUGAUCGCAUGUACCACGGCCAAACACCACACGACCAGUCUAGCCCCUCGCCCAUUGGUUCUCUGCUCGAAGGAGCAUCUCAGGCCAUUCUUCUACUUCUAUUUAGUACGGCAACAAUGUUUCGAACGGAUAUAAGCGGACGUAUGCGGGAUGCAGAUGAAGAUGGUUGGCAGAAGAGUGAGAUGUACUAUGCCCAGGCAGACCGUAUCCUUUCACAUGAGACGGGGGCUCCGAGCCUCUCAUCUGUUCAAGCGCGCUUUCUUGCGGUGCUAUAUCUGCUGAGCUCAUCGAGGCCCCACAAAGCAUGGUUCACAUUUGGGACAACCGUUCAAUUGAUGAUGGCCCUCGGGCUGCAUAAUGGACGCACAAAACGAAGCCAUGAUGGGGACAGUCUGGUGCAAAAGGAAUGUCAACGUCGGCUUGUAUGGUGCUCGUACACUCUUGACAAGUACCUUAGUGUCAUGCUGGGUCGACCACGUUUGUGGCAAGAUGAAGACAUCGAUGAAGACCUGCCAACGAGAGUCAAUGACUCUGACCUGACACCCCAAGAGAGCCGACUAACAAAGCGGGAUUGCUUGAUGGACGCUCCUCUGUUCCAUGUUCUUCUAGCUCGUAUCUUGACUCAGGCAGUCAAGGAACCUUAUGUGCAAACGGGAAUAUCCAGUCAAGAGCAGAUUGCCAAUAUCUGCACAUUACAUAAGAAGGUCAUGGACUGGCAAGCCGGGCUACCUCCAUUUCUGUCGGGCGUCAUCCAGCCGAGUAGUCUGGUGCCGGUUUUCCGACGCCAACUUACAGUCCUUCGACUUGCUCGGUACCAUGCUGUGAUGUUCAUUACCAGGCCGCUGUUACUACGUAACUAUGGGCAGAUGUGGCCUGAAUGUGAACCGAGUUACCGAAAACUUCUUUGCACCUGCCUCACUGCAGCUUGCGAUGCUAUUGAGCUGAUCCUAGGCUUCGUGCAUGAUGAUGAGCUUUACACGGCAUUUUGGUACUCGCAAUACAUUGCUUUCAACGCUUUAUCAAUCAUCUACAUUUAUCUGAUACAGCUUCGACGGGGUCGCAUCUUCCGCGUUGAGACUCCCUUCUUGCCGAGACUAGAAGGGUCGCUAGAUGUCGAACUCGAUGAAGUGACACUCUACAAGCUAUCUACACUUGCUCAAAAUCAUCUUGCUGAUGCCACGGCCCGUAACGCGCCCUCAUGGAAGUACGGUGUCAUCUUGCAAGGCCUCCGCCAGGAGCUUACUCGUUUGGGUCUAUCUAACACAAGGACAUCGCCCAUUCGAGGUGCAGAGAGAAUUGACGCGGGAGGAGCAGAUCCGGAACUGGCACAAUUGUAUGAUUCGGCUGGUCAUGCUGAUAGAUUGACUCGCCGAGAAGGACCUACCCCUGAGUCAUCAGGCAACCGUGAGGGCAACGACAAUCCAGACAUUAAUUCGCACCUUACAAUGGGACACAAUCGCUACACAGAUCCGGUGGACCCGCGAGCAGAGUCCUUAUUGGACUAUUUUGAAUUGGAUAAAGACUUGAUGCUGGACUUUUGGCCUCAGUUGGAUAGCCUUCCCAUCAACUCAAUUUUCUGA